GAAAGAGCAUGGCAGGAGGCUUUGAUUCAAGUGGGUACAAGACUGCUUCUACUGCUACUUCUGCUCUCUGCUAGAUUUGCACGCUGCCACAGCCUCCCUUGUCCAUUUCGUGCAGGACAUAUUAAGAAUGUUGAGGGAGGUGUAGGUUUAGCUGUGACUGGGAGGAGAAGACCUGAGAGCCGGGCCCAGGAGACAGGAACUGUGAGACAGAUUGGACCUUGAAUGGAAAAAGUGAUAUUUGUCUCAGGGGCCAGGGUGUGUGCUAUCUACCAAGCACUCAGACUCCAUUCUCUCCUGUUACUUAUCUGUAGGACCCCCUGCAGUUGGCUCUGGGGUUUAAGGCCACUUGAACAAGGAAAGGAGGGGAAAAUUGUACCACAUCUGUGAAGAUCCACAUCCAGUGGCAGCUCUGGUGGUGUUGGAGUUGCUGCUGACCACCACCCUCAAAGGUCUGCACCCACCCAGGAACCAUCCAUCCUCCCCCAGCUUGGUUGUGCCUCUUCUGCACUUUGUGUUAUUAACUGAGACUGUGCUUGGGAAGGAGGGUAACUUACUUCUGGACUGGGGAUUGACUUUAUCUCUUGUUCCAACCUUAUAGCCUAAAUCAUCAGAAGACCAGAGUGUGAAGAAGCAAGUGUGUGACAGAUCUGUGGCUGAGGCUGAGACUAGGGGAGGGGUACAUACCUGGGCUUUGUCUGUAACCUGUGCCAUGACCGGGACGGAGAUUGAACCUGGUGCUCAGGCUAUGCAUGAAAUGAAAGCUAGAGAAGAGGUUGUGGGUAGGGCUGAGAUAGAGAAUGAAGCCCGUCUGGUGGUUAGACCCAGGAUUAGGACCCAGGCCCAGUUGACUGGAGCAAGGCCCAAAACUAAGACCAAGAUUAUGCCUAGAGCAAGUCCCAAAAUUGAGGCUAGUGCAGUGGGUAGGUCAUGUCUAAAGAAUAAGGCCAAAUCAUUUCCUGGGUCAAGAUCCAAGCAUGAAGCGCAGGUGUGUCUCCAGCAUGAGUCUGCGGCUGAUGCAAUAUCAGAAACAGCGGAAGAGCCCCAGACCAAUGCCAUAGUGUCUCCACUCUUCAGUUCCGAUUCUAGGUCACUUACUAAAACUAAGUGCCUGUCUGUGGAUAGAGAACUGGUUAAUAUGUGCAAUGAGAGCUUUCCUCGAAUGAAGGCCCACUACCAAGCGGGAAUUCAGCCUUCAUUUGAGUCUGAGGAGAAGACCAAUAUUGGGUCCUGGUGCCAUCCCAGGCCUACAUCAAAGCAAGAGGUUUCUCACAAUUCUGAUUUUAGACGGGUAGACAAAUCCUCUCUGAGUUCCUGGUCCUGGAGUAGAGAUGAGGUCAUUGCCAGAUUUCAUCCUAGGAACAGGAUAAAGGCCAGUACCAGGUCUAGGCAUAUGGCCAAACAGUAUGCUAAUACCAUGUCUAGGCCCCAAACCAAUCAGCACCUCUAUAUUGUAUCUAGUUCUGGUUCUGAGGAUGAGUCUGUUAUGAGUUCCUGGCUUGGGGCCAGAGAAAAAACCAAUACCUGGUUCAGACCCAGGAAAGAGGCCAAUAGCAGGUCCAAGUUUAGGUCCAAAAAAGAAGUUUGUGUUGAGUCCAGUUCUGGGUCUGAACAUGAAGUCCAUAUGAAGUCCUCAUUUUGGGACGGAGAGGAAGCCAAAUCCAGGUCCAAACCGAGGUCCAGGAAAGGGACCAAUACCAGGGCCAGGCACAGGGCCAAUCGACAAGCUUGCAUUGAUUUCAUGUCUGGGUCUAUAGAUGUAAUAAAAAAAGAGUCCUGGUUCUGGCCUGGAGAAAAGGCUAAUACCUUUUCAAGGCCCAAGAUCAAGAAAGAGGCCAGGGCUAAAGCAAUAGCAAAGGAAGAGGCCAAAAUCAAGGCCAGAACCGGGGCCAAACAUGAAGCCAGGUCAGAGGGAGAGGUCCUCAUCGGGACCUGGUUCUGGGCUACAGAAGAGUCCAGCAUGGUGGAUGGGGCCAGCAUCAAAUCCAGUCCACACGUGGAGGAUGAGUCCAUUGUUGGAAGUUGGUUCUGGACUGAAGAAAAGGCCAGUAUGGGGACUGUAGCCAGCAGUAAAUCCAGACCAGGGCCUGAGGAGGAGCCUCAUAGCAAUUCCUGGCUUGGGGUUAGAAAAAAGACCAGUAUGGAGACUGGGGCUGAGGCCACCUCUGGAUCUGUACUAGCAGCUGAUGAUGAAGAGGUCAUUGUUGGUUCCUGGUUCUGGGCUGGUGAAGAAGUCAACCCAGAGGCGGAGGAAGAGACCAUAUUUGGGUCUUGGUUCUGGGUCAUUGAUGAGGCCAGUGUGCAAUCUGGUGUCAGGGUCAGCUGUGAGUCCAGGCCAAGGUCUGAGGAAGAAGAGGCCAGUGUGCAAUCUGGUGUCAGGUUCAGCUGUGAGUCCAGGCCAAGGUCUGAGGAAGAAGAGGUCAUUGUGGAAUCUGGUGUCAGGGUCAGCUGUGAGUCCAGGCCAAGGUCUGAGGAAGAAGAGGUCAUUGGUCCCUGGUUCUGGGGUGGAAAAGAAGUUGAUUUAGAGGCUGGAGUUGGAGAAGAGGCCAGGCCAGUUGCUGAAGAAGAGACAAUAUUUGGGUCCUGGUUUUGGGCUGAAAACCAGACCCAUAUAGAUUCUGGGGCUGAAGGUAGCUCUGACACCAUGCCAGGGGUUGAGGAGGCAGAGCCCAUUAUUGGGUCUUGGUUCUGGGCCAGAUUAGAAACUUGUGUGGAAGCUGAUAUCAACAAGUCUAGCCUGGAGGCUGAGGAAGAGGCCAUUGAAUCAUCUUGUUUUGGGACCAGAGAAAAAGUCAGUAUGAAGUGUGGGGCUGCUGCCAGAUGCAAAAUUAUGGCAGGGGCUAAGAAGACCAAUAAUAGAUCUUGUUUUGGGGCAAAAGAAGAACCCUGUAUGUAUCCUGACAAUGGAGGAAGCUGGAAGUCUAGGCCAGAGGAGGAAGAGGACACUUUUGAUUCAUGGUUCUGGUCCAGAAAAUAUGGAAGGCCAGAGGCCAUUAUAGGCUCCUGGUUAUGGGCUACAGAAGAGUGCAGUGUAGAUGAUGAAACUGGGGAAGAGAUUAAGCUACCAGCUGAAGAGGAGACCAUGAUCAAUUCCUGGUUCUGGAAAGAAGAUGAAGCCAUUAUGGAGGCUACCGACAGAGAAGAGUCCUGGCCAGAAACUGAGGAGGAGGAUAUUAUUGGUUCUUGGUUCUGGGCUGGGGAAGAGGAUAGACUCGAGGCAGCAGCUGAAGCUACAGAAGAGGACAGGCUAGCAGCUGAAGAGGAAGCAAUUGUUGGAUACUGGUUCUGGGCCAGGGAAGAGGCUGUUAGGAGAGAGGCUGGGUUUUGUAGCAAAUCCAGUCUCAAAGCUGAAGAGGAGGAAGUCAUUGUUGGGUCCUGGUUCUGGGAAGAAGAGUCCAGUCUGGAAGCAGUGGCAGAGGCCAGGUUUGAGUCCAAGCCUAGGACUGAUGAGGAAGAAAAUACUGUUGGAUCCUGGUUCUUGGCUGAACAAAAAGCCAGUAUGGAAGCUGGGUCUCAGGCAGUGGAAGCAAGUACUGAACAGGAGCCCAUUUGGGGGUCUUGGUUCUGGGCUGGAAAAGAUGUCAGUGUAGAAACAGGGACAUGCUGUGUAUCCAAGCCAGAGGAUGAUGAAGAGAUGAUUGUUGAGUCCUGGUUCUGGUCUGGAGAUCAGACUGUUAAAGAAACUGGAACUGUGACCACUUGUGAGUCCAGGCCAGGAAAUGAGGAAGGGGCAGUUUGGUCUGUUUGGUCUUGGUUUGGAGCUGAAGAUGAGAUGAAUAAUGAGACUGGCAAUGAAACCAACUGUGAAUCCUGAGUAUUAGCUGAUGAGGAUGAGGCCAUAGUGGGGUCCUGGUUCUGGGCAGGAGAUGAAGCCUGUUUUGAAUCAAAUCCUAGCCCUGUAUUCAGGGCCAUUUGCAGGUCCACAUGUCCAGUUGAACAGGAGACUGAUCCUUCAUGCAGGCCACAGAGCUGGGAGGAGGUCACUAUUCAGUUCAAGCCUGGUCCAUGGGGUAGAGUUGGCUUUCUGUCUGUAAGCCCUUUUAGAUUUCCAAACCAAGCAGCAUAUCUGUUCUCUGAAAUGUUUGGGGGAAAGCCCAAGUAUGUGGAACUUAGCCCAGAAGAAGAAGAUCAGGAAUCUUUGCUUCAGCCUGAUCAACCUGAACCCGAGUUUCCAUUUCAGUAUGAUCCUUCCUACCGCUCAGUCCAGGAAAUUCGAGAGCAUCUUAGGGCCAAGGAGACUAUGGAGACUGAGAGUUGGUCCUGCAGCUGCAUACAAUGUGAGCUUAAAAUUGGUUCUGGAGAGUUCGAAGAACUCCUUUUAUUAAUGGACAAAAUUCAGGAUCCUUUUAUUCAUGAAAUAUCUAAAAUUGCAAUGGGUAUGAGAAGUGCUUCUCAAUUUACCCGAGAUUUCAUUCGGGAUUCAGGUGUGGUCUCACUUAUUGAAACCUUGCUCAGUUAUCCGUCCUCCCGAGUUAGGACAAGUUUUUUGGAAAAUAUGAUUCGCAUGGCUCCACCUUAUCCAAAUUUAAACAUAAUUCAGACGUACAUAUGUCAAGUGUGUGAGGAAACAGUUGCUUAUAGCUUGGAUUCCCCUGAGCAGCUGACUGGAAUAAGAAUGAUUGGACAUCUCACUACUACUACUGACUAUCAUACACUGGUUGCCAAUUAUAUGUCUGGGUUUCUCUCCUUAUUAGCUACAGGCAAUACCAAAACAAGGUUUUAUGUCCUGAAAAUACUACUGAAUUUGUCUGAAAAUCUUGUCAUGGCAAAAAAACUACUCAGUGCUGAAGCAAUGUCAGAAUUUAUGGGCCUCUUUAACAAGGAAGAGACAAAUGACAAUAUUCAAAUUGUUCUUGCAAUAUUUGAGAAUGUUGGUAACAAUAUCAAAGAAGAGGCAGUGUUCACUGAUGAUAAUUUCAAUCUUGAGCCACUUAUUUCUGCAUUUCAUGAAAUUGAGAAAUUUGCUAAGGAACUGCGGUGCAAAACUAAUCAAAAUGACCCUGAAGCAGAACAAAAAAAGUAAUAUCAAUCACUUACCUCUGAUUGUCCUUAUGUCCCCGAGUUAUGAUCCUUGAGUGGUGCUUUGGUUUUCAAGUUAUUUCUGUGUUGCAGUGUGCAUCUUUAAUGCCAAUACUUUGCCCAACUCUCUCUUUCAGCUGGGUCAUUUUUCUGAUGCCAAAUGAACGUUAGAACUGAAAACACACUUGUUGAUAUUUGUCUUGUCCAAAUUGUGAUAUUUAGUAUUUGAGCUUAUAGUGAACUGAGCCAUCAUAAAUAAGCUACCCUUCUGAUUGUUGUUCUAAUGUAAUCUGUCUGAGUCUUGUUUGUGUUUCAGUAAAGUUCUAUGUUAAAGUUGGCAGAAAUCACCCUUCUCUUUGAACUUAAAAUACAAACACAAAGGUAACAAACACACAUGAACACAGAAAUAAUUAAUGUAUGAAUAAUAGUAUAAUACGCUCCUUGCAGAAGCUUUUUUCUCAGCUUUAAGUGCAAAGGUUACCAUGGACUGCUACUCAAUGCAUGCUUCAGAGAAAAAGGACCCACUUAAGUUGGACUCUGAAGUGUAGGAAAGAGGUUGGUGGUUUAAAGAAAAGCAUGGAGUUGGGAAAAGUGUUCCUGUGGGAGUCAGGUAUACAAUCUACCUGAAAUGGGUGGGAGGAAUAUAUGGAGGGACAUAAAGGAUGAGGUAAGUUUUGAAGAGCUGAGAAGCUGCAUUUUUCAGCUCAAAUUACAGCUGUUUCUUCCGGGCUACCUAAACCUUAAAAUAAUAAGACAGAAAAGCACAGGAAUUUGAUUGAGUCAGGAAGACGAUUUAAUCAUGAUGGUUCCCAUGGCGAGUGUUAAGGCAGUAUCAUACAGCUAAUAAAAGUGAUGUAUAGGUUUUUAAAUUAACUAGGAAAAACCCUGAUCCUUUCUAUAUUUGGCAUAAUAGAGAAGACUGGUCUUUUACAUGGGAACUAUCCCAUUUAAAAAAUAAAUGUGAGUAAAUGAACCAAUAAUAAUUAUGAAA